UUGGAACACGACCCGAAAAAAGAAUAACUUCGAAAGAAGUCGUCAAACAACUGGAAUCCAUCAACAAUAUGCUCACUAAAAAAGAAGAAGAAAUGUCGUGGGGUGGAGGUAUCGGUGGCGAUUUCAAAUGCAAAUUGUACUUUUAUCCUACGGUGGACGAACCUACGGCGGACGAAACAGACACAAGUGAUUAUUGGAUCACGGAUCAAGAGCUUCGCGAAAAAUUAUCAGAAUUGAUCGACACGGAUGAAGAGGAUCCAAAAUGCGUCCGUCUACAGCAAUCCGCUCUCUACUCUGCAGUUGAUAAACAACAAGCUUUACCACGCGUUCAUUAUAAUGGAAACGAACAAUUGCGGUGGUCGAUCGAGAAAAACACGGAAGGCAUCACGAUUCAACGCUCAAAGAAACUAGAGAGCGUUCGUGACAUGUACCAAAGAAAAGAAACGGACGACUGGGCUAACUCCGUGGACUGGGAUUCAGAAGAUCAAAACGACCAAGGCAGGAAUACAACAAUAAACGAACUCAUCAAUUACAUUUGGAGGAUAGAUGUUUUGAACCAAGGUUACCAUGUCCUCAGUACGAAUUGCCAAGAAUUUGCUGCUUUGCUUUUUGAUCGGAUCAACUUGUUUAGUAUAUUUUGACGAGGGCUGCCGAUCAACCGCCUUCUUCAACAAGUGGUUUCUACUAUUCUACAUGACAGUGGAUAAAGCGGAUAAAGCUUUGAAAGUACGACUUUGUGGUGGUUCAGAAUCUUUAAUUGAACACUUGAGUCUUACAAGUUAAGAAUCCCAUUCAAACGAUAUGUCUGCAAUCAAUACCUGAUGCUUAAAUCUGCUUCCUCACAAGAUUUACUUGUCCUUACGAAUUAUUUAGUCGUUUCACUAAUAAUAAAUUUUAUUCAUGUUUUUU